UGGGAUUAGGAGGUGACAUGGAGCAACAAGUUCAGUUCAUCUCCUGUUCGAUCUGUUUGGACCUACUGAAGGAUCCGGUGACUAUUCCCUGUGGACACAGCUACUGCUUGAGCUGUAUUGAAGCCCACUGGGAUGAAGAGGAUCGGAAAGGAAUCCACAGCUGCCCUCAGUGCAGGAAAACGUUUAUGCCAAGACCUGUUCUUGUAAAAAACACGAUGUUGGCAGCUUUGGUGGAGGAGCUCAUGAAGACUGGACUCCAGGCUGCUCCUGCUGAUCACUGCUACGCUGGAGCUGAAGAUGUGGCCUGUGAUGUCUGUGCUGGAAGGAAACUGAAAGCCGUCAAGUCCUGUUUAUUCUGCCUGGCCUCUUACUGUGAGAAUCACCUUCAGCCUCAUUAUGAUUCAGCUACAUUUAGGAAACACAAGCUGGUGGAGCCCUCCAGGAACCUCCAGGAGAACAUCUGCUCUCGUCAUGAUGAGGUGAUGAAGAUGUUCUGCCGUACUGAUCAGAACCUUAUCUGUAUUCACUGCCUAAUGGAUGAACAUAGAGGCCACGACACGGUCUCAGCUGCAGCAGAGAGGACGGAGAGGCAGAGAGAGCUCGAGGUGAGGCGAGAAACGAUCCAGCAGGAGAUCCAGGACAGAGAGCAAGAUGUGGAGCUGCUUCAACAGGAGGUGGAGGCCAUCAAUCAGUCUGCUGAUAAAACGGUGGAGGACGGUGAGGAGAUCUUCACUCAGCUGAUCCGUCUCAUCCAGAAAAGAAGCUCUGACAUGAAGCAGCAGAUCAGAACCCAGCAGGAAACUGAAGUGAGGCGAGUCUUGGAGCUUCAGGAGAAGCUGGAGCAGGAGAUCACCGAGCUGAAGAGGGAGGACGCCGAGCUGAAGCAGCUCUCACACGUAGAGGAUCCCAACCAGUUUCUCCACAACUAUCCCUCAGCGUCAGCUCUCGGUGAGUCUCCAAACUCAUCCGGCAUCAACAUCCGUCCUCUGAGAUACUUUGAGGACGUGACAGCAGCCGUGUUAGAGCUCAGAGACAAACUGCAGGACACCCUGAGAGACACAUGGACAAACAUCUCACAGACUGUCUCUGAGGUGGAGGUCUUACUGUCAGAACCAGAGCCAAAGAGCACAGCUGGAUUCUUAAAACAUUCAUGUGAACUCACACUGGACCCAAACACAGCGUACGCACAGCUGUUAUUGUCAGAGGGGAACAGGAAGGCCACACUGACCGAGUUCAGUCUGCGCUACGCUGAUCAUCCAGACCGAUUCACUGAUUACUGCCAGGUUCUGAGCAGAGAGAGUCUGACUGGUCGCUGUUACUGGGAGGUGGAGUGGAGAGGAACACAAAUUUUCAUAGCAGUCACAUACAAGGAUAUCAACAGAGUGGGAAACGGAUGUCAGUUCGGGUUUAAUGACAAAUCGUGGGCGUUACGUUGUUGCCAAAAUAGUUAUGAGCUUUGGUACAACAAAGUCUCCACCUCCAUUCCAGGUCCUUGUUCCUCCAGGAUCGGAGUGUACCUGGACCACAGAGCAGGUGUUCUGUCCUUCUACAGCGUCUCUGAAACCAGGACUCUACUCCACAGAGUCCAGACCACGUUCACUCAGCCGCUGCACGCUGGACUUUGGAUCGACGGUGCGUUUGACUUUGCCAAUGCUGAGUUCUUUAAACUUAAAUGAGCCAUGCAGCAUUCCUUGAAGAAAUGUGCACGCCACAAAGGACAAUAGCCUAAAGAACGAUGUUGUACGUCCUGUCUUGGAGUAUGAGAUGGAGGAGACUCUCAGUUACUACCACGCCAAAUUUGAGCUUCUUGGCUGUAAAACUGACUGAUUUAA